AGUCGAAGUAACGCCAUUAAAGAGGGCAGGGAGGGAACGAGCGAGGCCCUUCAGCUACGUGACGCAUUUAGCCAUUCUUCAUCAAAACCUUUCUCUAUUUUUUUUAACAUAGUCUAGUGUGUGCAUAGUAGUAUACGACGAUAUUCUCUGUGUUUUACAGGCUUAAAAUUUAAGUUAUUUUGGGUGUAUUUUCUGGAGCAAAACGUUAGUAAACUGCGACUUAAGCUAACGCUACAAAUUUUCAUAGGGAAACGUUUUAUCUUCAACAUGAGAGGGGGAUCCUCCUAUGGAGAUAGAGAUAGAGACCGCGGACGAGACAGGCCUCGGUUUGGUGGAGGCAUGGGUGGCCGUAGUGGACCUCCGCCAAUGAAGUUUGGUAAUCCAGGUGAGCGGCUUCGCAAAAAGAGGUGGAACCUGGAUGAAUUGCCAAAAUUUGAAAAGAACUUCUACACUGAACACCCUGAUGUGCAGUGUAUGGGUCAGUAUGACAUGGAGGAGUUCCGCAGGAAGAAGGAGAUCACCAUCAGAGGCACUGGUUGUCCAAAACCUGUCACUGCUUUUCAUCAGGCACACUUUCCUCAGUAUGUGAUGGAUGUGCUGAUGCAGCAGAACUUCAAGGAGCCCACGGCAAUCCAGUCCCAGGGAUUUCCUGUGGCCCUGAGUGGGAGAGACAUGGUGGGCAUUGCACAGACUGGGUCUGGAAAGACGCUUGCUUACCUUCUUCCUGCUAUUGUUCACAUCAACCACCAGCCCUAUCUGGAGAGGGGAGAUGGUCCGAUAUGCCUGGUGCUUGCCCCAACCAGAGAGCUGGCCCAGCAGGUUCAGCAGGUUGCAUAUGACUAUGGCAAGUCCUCCCGUAUCAAGAGCACCUGUGUCUAUGGUGGAGCACCAAAAGGACCACAGAUUCGAGAUCUUGAGAGGGGUGUGGAGAUCUGCAUUGCCACACCAGGUCGCCUUAUUGACUUCUUGGAGGCAGGGAAGACCAACCUGCGUCGCUGCACUUACCUAGUACUAGACGAGGCAGAUCGCAUGUUGGACAUGGGCUUUGAGCCACAGAUUCGCAAGAUAGUUGAACAAAUCAGGCCUGACAGACAGACUCUGAUGUGGAGUGCAACAUGGCCAAAAGAGGUUCGGCAGCUUGCAGAGGACUUCCUAAGAGACUACAUCCAGAUUAAUAUCGGCGCUCUGGAGCUCAGUGCCAAUCACAACAUUCUGCAAAUAGUUGAUGUUUGCAUGGAGACUGAAAAGGACCAAAAACUCAUUCAGCUAAUGGAGGAGAUAAUGGCCGAGAAGGAGAACAAAACCAUCAUCUUUGUGGAGACUAAAAAACGAUGUGAUGAUCUUACUCGGAGGAUGAGGCGUGAUGGGUGGCCAGCCAUGUGUAUCCAUGGAGACAAGAGCCAGCCAGAAAGAGACUGGGUACUCACAGAAUUUCGGAGUGGCAAAGCCCCCAUUCUGAUUGCAACUGAUGUUGCAUCUCGUGGGCUGGAUGUGGAAGAUGUCAAGUUCGUCAUCAACUAUGACUAUCCCAGCUCCUCUGAGGAUUAUGUCCAUCGUAUUGGACGUACAGCCCGCAGUACCAACAAGGGCACGGCCUACACCUUCUUUACUCCAGGAAACCUGCGACAGGCCCGAGACCUUGUCCGGGUGCUGGAAGAAGCCCGACAGGCCAUCAACCCUAAACUGCUUCAACUUGUGGACUCAGGGCGCGGAGGAGGAGGCGGUGGCAGAAUGCGUUACCGUGGCAGCAACUCAAACAACCCUAACCUGAUGUAUCAGGAUGAGUGCGAUCGGCGCAUGCGCUCCGGCGGUGGCAGCAAAGAUGGCCGCAGCGCCUUCGGCCGUGACAGUCGCAACAGUCGGGAUGAAGACCGCUCCUCUUCCUCCUACAGGGACCGCAACCGGGAUCACAGGAACAGCUACAACUCUGGCUCAGACCAGUACCAGAGCUACAACAAUGGCGGGGGCUACAACUCCUGCCAUGGAGUCCAGCCUGGCAGUGGUGGGGUCGUUAAGGAUCAGCCUAACCAAUCACAGGCUCAGUUUGGCCAGGCUCCUCCUCCUUCAAUAACAGGGGGGCCGCAGCCUUUAAUGGCUCAGCAGUUUGCCCCAGCACAGCCUCCUCUCAUGAGCUUCAUGGGGCAACCACCAUACCCCUUUUCCUCUCCUCCCCCUCCUCCUCCAGGCCCGCCACCUCUCCGGAAGUAAAGUGAUGACAAAUGAGCGCAGAGUUAAUUUGUGCAACUGUGUGUCCAACUCUGUUUUUUGCUGUUAUCUCCAAGAAGCAGAGGUUUAAACAGAAGGAAGUAAGGGGUCGUUUUGAUGUUUAACAAACGUAACAAGUAGUUCUGGUUUAGACUGAUAAUCACAUUGCAAAUAAGCUCUGAAGCAUUAACUGUGGAGGGACAAGUUUCUUUUGGUUUCAUUGCAGUCAAAUGCUGCAACAGUUGAUCCACUAAGUUUAAGCUGUCCAUUGUACGAAGUAUUGGCUAGAAAAGUUUUAGACAAGACUUUGGUGGUCUGAGGUUAAGACUACAGCUCUACAAAAAAGUUUCAAUAUAAUGUCACAUUCCAGACUCCUUCCUAAAAUUUGUCCAUUUCAACUGAUUUACUCUUUGACUUUUGGUGUUUUUACUUGUAAAAUCAAUUUUAGCUUUAGAGCCCACUUUUUUUUCUCUUUUCCAGUUAAAGGGACUCUUGUACUAGAUCUAGAUACACUUGGUCAUGCAUGACUUUACUUUUUCUGUAAAAUAGUUGUUUUAGUGAGAGUUUUUGAUCAAAUUGCAGUUAGCUUGUUUUAUCUGUCCGUGUUCUUUUUACUGUGUUUUUUUAAAUAAACAAACUAAGGCUAAA